CACCCAGGCUAGCAUCCCCUCGCAGCGACCGCAGCAGAAGUCUUAAUGAAGUAACCAGCUGCAGAAGGAGCUGCACCUUGCCUUAGAUAAAAAUGGCUUUCCAUGUGGAAGGACUGGUGGCUAUCAUCGUGUUCUACCUCCUUAUAUUUCUGGUUGGAAUAUGGGCUGCGUGGAAAACGAAGAACAGUGGCAACGCAGAAGAGCGCAGUGAAGCCAUAAUAGUUGGGGGCAGAGACAUUGGUUUGUUGGUGGGUGGAUUUACCAUGACAGCCACCUGGGUUGGAGGAGGUUACAUCAAUGGGACAGCUGAAGCAGUUUAUGGACCAGGUUGUGGUCUAGCUUGGGCUCAGGCACCAAUUGGAUAUUCACUUAGUCUGAUUGUAGGUGGUCUGUUCUUUGCAAAACCUAUGCGUUCUAAGGGAUAUGUGACCAUGUUAGACCCAUUUCAACAGGUCUAUGGAAAGCGCAUGGGUGGGCUCCUGUUCAUCCCUGCCCUAAUGGGAGAGAUGUUCUGGGCUGCAGCAAUUUUCUCUGCAUUAGGAGCCACCAUCAGUGUGAUCAUUGACGUGGAUGUGCAUGCAUCUGUCAUCGUCUCUGCACUCAUUGCCAUUCUGUACACCCUGGUGGGCGGGCUCUACUCUGUGGCCUACACAGAUGUUGUCCAGUUAUUCUGCAUUUUUAUAGGAUUGUGGAUCAGUGUCCCCUUUGCCUUGUCACAUCCUGCAGUCACUGACAUCGGGUUUACCGCUGUGCAUACCAAAUACCAAAGUCCCUGGCUGGGGACCAUUGAAUCCAUUGAAGUGUACACCUGGCUUGAUAAUUUUCUACUACUGAUGCUGGGUGGAAUCCCAUGGCAAGCCUACUUCCAGAGGGUCCUUUCUUCAUCCUCAGCUGCUUAUGCUCAGGUGCUGUCCUUCCUGGCAGCUUUUGGGUGUCUGGUGAUGGCUCUACCAGCCAUAUGCAUUGGGGCCAUCGGAGCUUCAACAGAUUGGAACCAGACUGCUUAUGGGUUCCCAGACCCCAAGAGCAAAGAGGAAGCAGACAUGAUUCUCCCAAUUGUUCUGCAGUACCUCUGUCCUGUGUACAUUUCUUUCUUUGGCCUUGGUGCAGUUUCUGCUGCGGUUAUGUCAUCGGCUGACUCUUCCAUCCUGUCAGCAAGUUCAAUGUUUGCUCGGAACAUUUACCAGCUUUCCUUCAGACAAAAUGCAUCAGACAAAGAAAUUGUUUGGGUUAUGAGGAUCACAGUGCUUGUGUUUGGAGCAUCUGCAACAGCCAUGGCCUUGCUGACAAAGACUGUCUAUGGGCUCUGGUACCUCAGCUCAGACCUUGUCUACAUCAUCAUCUUCCCACAGCUGCUCUGUGUACUCUUUAUCAAGGGAACCAACACGUAUGGGGCUGUGGCAGGUUACAUUUUUGGACUUUUCCUGAGAAUUACUGGAGGAGAGCCAUACCUAUACCUGCAGCCCUUGAUCUUCUACCCUGGUUAUUACAUUGAUAAGAAUGGUAUAUAUAAUCAGCGAUUCCCAUUUAAAACUCUUUCCAUGGUUACCUCAUUCUUAACCAAUAUUUGUGUCUCUUACCUAGCCAAAUAUCUAUUUGAAAGUGGAACUUUGCCACCAAAAUUAGAUGUAUUUGAUGCAGUUGUUGCAAGGCACAGUGAAGAGAACAUGGAUAAGACAAUCCUUGUCAGAAAUGAAAAUAUCAAAUUAAAUGAACUUGCACCUGUGAAACCUCGCCAGAGCCUAACUCUCAGUUCAACUUUCACCAAUAAAGAGGCUCUUCUUGAUGUCGAUUCCAGUCCAGAAGGGUCUGGCACUGAAGACAAUUUACACUGACCCCAUCUGAGUAAAAUACUCUUGCAAACAGAGCACUAUAGUAGGGCAGCUUUGGAAAGAAAUGUGUAGUAUAUAAGAUAUAUAUAUAAAAACAUAAACUAAGGGAGACAAAAAUUCUUCAGAGAGGAAAAUGAGUUGUAAAGAAGGAAUUUAAAAAACGCAACCACACAAACACACACCAGGCAAGAAUGAAACAGCUAUGAGAGCAGCAACUUUAUUUCUCAUCCAUAGUAAUUUCAGUUUUGAUAACAUAUUUUCUAGGAAUAUAAAAAAUGAAUAAAACCCCAAACAAACAGAGUUAUUGAUCUUUAUUUUGAGCACAGAAACUAUAUGUGAAAGAAAGGAAGAAAGGAGGUUGGAUGGUCUUAAUCCAAUUUUGCUAGAUAAUAUACUAGAAGCCAGUUUAAUUGUAACACUGAGUCUAUGAAUUAUCCUGUGAAUGACGCAAUGAGUUAGGCUACUGACUAGUCUUCCUAUGUUAAUGAGCCCAUUCUUUCAUAUAUAUUAAAAUCAUUAUUACAUUUUCUAAAUAUGCACUGUGUUAUCCUUUCCUACAUGCCAUCCCUCCCUCCCUCUCCCUAUCAUUUGCCCCUCUCAGUGGUGCCUGGGAUUCUAUUCCAGGACCUUGCACAAUGAGACAAGAGAUCUGCCAUUGAGUUAUAACCCCAUCCCUACAUUCUGUUAUUCUUUUAGCAAUGGCAUAUAUUAUUCUAAGCACAAGCAACACUAACACACAAAAGCAAUCUCAUAGUAAAUUUUAAUAUGCAAGAUGAUGAGAAAUAGAGUCCAUUUGGGAGAAUACUGGACUCCUUGAGAAUGUGCAUAAUUGCCAUAUGCUUAGAUAAGAGUGCCUGGAGCAUGGGAAGAUAAUCAGGCAUUGUUACAGCAAUAAAUCAGGAAAAACACUACAAUAAAGAACAGGUAGAACAGAUAUUUAUCUCCAGGUAAAAUACAUAAAAGACAUAUGUUUUAGCUUACCAUCUACAUCAGUAUUAAAAUUGAAUUGAGCCAUAUAUAAAAAAGUGGCUGAUGAGAGAAAUUGCUAAGUUAACAUGUGCUCAUCAAAUAUUUAUUUCCAGCAAUUUCCAAAACACUUCCUUACAGUGUAACUAGAAAAAUUAACCCCUGACACUUUUGGAUGCUCGUUAAUGGGAUGGUUUGGUGUUAAGGGCUCUACUUUGCGGAUUUUCUUUUGCAUAAGCCAGUUUUAGGGACUAGACAGAUUGCCACCAAAACAAGUAUACAUUGAAUUUUGAAAUGUAAUUUAAAAAGUAAAUUAAGUCCUAAAGGGAAAAAGCCAUCAUUUUUAAUACUUGUUUAGAUUGCUUUCAAGAGGUCAAUUAUUAAAUAUUAUUUUGCUCCUUUUCCAGAGUAGAAAAUAUAUGUAAAUAUAAAUAAGAAUAUAUGGAAUGGGUUGUACUCAUUAUAGAAUUUCAAAUGCCUUUCCACAAGUCACACAUUAUAGAAAUAACUAAAACUGUCAACAAAAUCAGAAUGAACUGACAAAAUGAAAAAUGAUCUGGGAAUUUUAACUAAUGAAGGGAACCAGUCUAGAUAAUAAAAAGAAAAGCACUUUUCAAAAAGUAAUUUUUACAAUAAUAAAGUGGCAUUGAUUAAAUUCCAAGCAUUAAGUAUAAAAGCUGUGUUCCAAACGCUAUAAUUCUUUUUU